GUACCAGCAGGUCUGGCUGUUCCUCGUGGAUGCAAAUUUGAGACCCCAGAAGUCUUCCCAUGGCUCCUUAUCACCUCCGCCAGUACCGGGAGAGCGACCACAGACAGGUCCUGGAUCUGUUCUCCAGGGGCAUGGAGGAGCACAUCCCUGCCGCAUUCUACCAUGCACUGAUGCUGCCCCAAACCCUCCUGCUCCUACUGGGGAUGCCCAUUGCCCUGGUCCUGGUGUCUGGCUCCUGGUUGCUAGCCGUUAUGUGCAUCUUCUUUCUGCUCCUGUUACUGUGGCUCCUUGCCAGACAGCCUUUGAAGAAGUUUGUGGACAUGUGUUUACACACAGACCUGGCCGACAUCACCAAGUCCUAUCUCAACGAGCUUGGCUCCUCCUUCCUGGUGGCUGAGACUGAGGGCCAGGUGGUAGGCAUGGCGGCGGCUCGGCCAGUCAAGGAUCCCUCAUUAAACAGGAAGCAGCUGCUGCUGUUUCACCUGUCUGUGUCCUCACAGCAUCGGGGACGGGGGAUAGCGAAAGCGCUGAUCAGAGCGGUCCUCCAGUUUGCACGGGACCAGGGAUACAGCGAUGUUGUUCUACGUACUUCUGUGCUGAUGUAUGACGCUGUGGCCCUCUACAAGGGCAUGGGCUUCCAGAAGACAGGCCAGUCCUUCUUCAACACAGUAGCGAAGCUACUGACUGCCCCUUCAAUCCAUUUCAGGUACCCACUCCCUUCAGCUCAGGAACAUGAGCUAUGACCUAAUUUCCUUACGCGUCUGUCAGCCUCCAGAUCACUAUGCUUCCACAAGAAAACCCUCAUGUUGGAUCACAAAGGCAUAUUUGCCACGCUCACAGGAGCCCUGCAUAUUUGAUGGUGGGUGAUAAUGGAGUGCCCCAUGUCUUCCAAAGUCAACUUCCUGCAGAGGGCUGUCAGUGACUGCUGGUGCAGUGGGCUAGUUUCAUGGGGCAGUAGAGGCCAUGUGUGGAAUGUUUCUGUGGGUCCAGGAAGGAAGCAUGAUCUAGAGAGUUCUAGAUUUACUGCACAAGUUGUCUCAGUUCCAAGUCUAGGGACUCCAGAAAUGUAGGUGCUUCAGACCUGACCAUGCUUCAUGGAUGAAUUAAGACAGAGCUGUGUGCUGGUGUUUUCGAGACUGUUAGCCAUUUCUGCAACUUCAUCUCUAGCACUGACAUACCCCUAUCUCAUACUGGAUAUCCCCAACCCAGCAGGAUCUGCUGAUUACAGCAGCAAUUCCAGGAGCACUUCCAGGGGACCUGGGGAUGACAAAGGGGUGUUUCCAGGUAGUUGCUGUCCUUGUAACGUGUAUACGAUAGCAGAGAAAUGUUUUUCCCUUUCCUAGAACACCCACAGACUCUGGAUUCUGUAAACCCAUUCUAGUGUGCUUUUCUGUUGCUGUGGUAAAAAAAAAAAUAUUCUACCAAAAACAACUCAGAGGAGAAAAGGGGCUUAUUUCAUUUUACACUUCUGGGCCACAGUCAUUGUGAGGUUAUGGGAGUUCUGGGCUUAUGGUAACACUGUGCAAACUUAGCUUCUCACUGGUGAGCUCCGUUAGGGCCGGGAUCUCUGUUUGGGGGAGACAUAGAACAGUGACAUCUUUACCUCCGGAUAUC